AUGAAGUCUAAAAUCAAGGGGGAAGUGAAGGUUCCACCACGUGCAGGUGGAUCGGGUUUGUCGUUCCGCGCCGCGCUGUUCUACUUUGGCCCGCUCUGCCCGCACGCUGUCGCCAAGUACUCCCAAAGCAGCACCUUCAAUCUACACCACCACUCGCAGCCGAUCGCAAACACGCUGAAACCUCGACCGCUCUUUGCCUCAUCCUCAAUCUCUCUCACAAUGUCGUACUUCCGCAUAACGCUCAUGCGCUCCGGCAUCGGUAUGCCUUUGAAGACUCAAGGCGUACUGAAAGCGCUCGGCCUCCGCAAACGCAUGACGACCGUCUACCACCCCGUUACACAAUCAGUCGCUGGUCAGAUCAUGAGAAUAAAGGAGCUUGUAGAUGUCAAGGAGGUGAAAAACCCAGAGACGAAGGAGCAGAUGCGUGCUGCAAGAAGGCCGGAUCCGGGAUAUUACAUUGAGAAACGGGCGGGGGAGGCUAUGAGGGAUUAUGAGUAGAUACGUGGCUGGGAAUGACAUGAUUGUGUAGGAGAUGUAUUGUAUUGUCUGAGUUGGCGUAUGCAUGUAUGGCGUUUGGAACUUUGUAUCGACAGUAGGAGCUGGGUUCGGCCUAGAUUCACAGGCUGGAAACAACCGUGCCUCAGCUUCGUCUUGCGCACGCGUGUAAAUUGCGAUACCAUUUACAAUCAUUAAAGGCCCCCAAAGCCUGCGCAAUAUUCUGUCGUAACUGUUCAUUUCCUUUUAACCCUAUUUAACCCUGUUUUACCCAUUCCUUAACACCAUUCAUACACAUGUGCAGCUAUAUCUUGGAAAUUUUUACAAAGUCGCUUUUGCGCCCGCCAAAACUGCUUGAGGUUGCAUGUUGGCCAGCAAGGACAACCUGAGCUUGACCAAAAUGAACACAGAGUAUAUUCACCAGCCCCCAGAAACGACCUCCUUCCCCUCCCUC